AAAUGCCAUCUUUCUUUUAUCAAGUUCUCUUCAUCGUUGGCCUCUGUGUCCCCAUCUGUGGUGUGCCACCACCCAAACUUCCCAGCAGAGGCUCCUCCCACCUUUCCUCCACAAAGAACACCUGUUCCUCCCAGGAAUCUUCCAGUAAUAUCAACUUUGCCUUCAACCUGUACCGGAGGCUGGUUUUGGAAACCUUGAGUCAGAACAUCCUCUUCUCUCCUGUGAGUGUCUCUGCAUCCCUUGCCAUGCUGUCCCUUGGAGCCCACUCAGUCACCAAGACCCAAAUCCUCCAGAGCCUAGGAUUCAACCUUACACACACACCUGAGCCCACCAUCCACCAGGGCUUCCAGCAGCUGCUCCACUCACUGAAUAUCCCCAGACAAGACCUGAGCUUAAUGAUGGGCAGUGUUCUCUUCAUCAAAAAGGAACUCCAGCUGCAGGCCAAUUUCUUGGACAAGGUCAAGAAGCUGUAUGAGUCAGAAGUGUUUACUAUAGACUUCUCCAACACCUCUACUGCCCGAAAGAAGAUCAAUAGUUACAUAGAGAAGAAAACCAAAGGGAAAAUUAUGAACUUGAUCCAAGAUCUUGAUCCUCUGACUGUCAUGGUCCUGGUGAACCACAUUUUCUUUAAAGCCAAGUGGGAGAAACCUUUUAACUCUGUGGAUACACGCAAAAACUUCCCAUUCCUGGUGGACAAUCGGGUCACUGUGCAUGUUCCCAUGAUGCACCAGAAGGAGGAGUUUGCUUUUGGUGUGGAUCCAGAGCUGGGCUGUUCUGUGCUGAAAAUGGACUACAGUGGAGACAUUGGAGCCUUCUUUGUCCUCCCUGGAAAGGGCAAGAUGAGGCAACUGGAACAGGCCUUGUCAGCCAGGACGCUGAGAAAGUGGAGCCACUUACUGCAGAAGAGGUGGAUACAGGUGUUCAUCCCCAAAUUUUCCAUUUCUGCCUCCUAUGACCUGGAAACCAUCCUCCCCAAAAUGGGCAUCCGCAACGCCUUUGACAAAAAUGCCGACUUUUCAGGAAUUACAAAGAGAGGAUUCUUGCAGGUUUCCAAAGCUACUCACAAGGCCGUGCUGAACAUCAGUGAGGAGGGUACCCAGGCUGCAGCAGCUACUGCCACCAAGCUCAUAGUCCGAUCAAAGGAUGGCCCCACUGACUCUGUCAUCAUCUUCAAUAGUCCCUUCCUGAUAAUAAUCACAGAUGAAGCCAGAGAAACUAUCCUCUUCCUAGGGAAAGUUGGAAAUCCCACUACUUCCUAGGUGGAACAUGGCCUGGCACCAGCUAGCAUGUUGAUAACGCAUGAGAAAUAACCACCUACAUACCUCCUUCUGUUCUAGGGGUCCACCUGAUCUCAGAGGAACUGCGGCUCCAACAGAGCUGCCUUGGUUGGCUGAAUGCCACGUCUGAAGCUCAACCAUCAAACCAUCAGCAAAAACCCUACUCA